CAAAACGCCACGGUGAAAUCGUGCACAAAUAAAACAACAACGCGAAAAUGUUGAAAGAUUUCGUGAGGGAGCGCCUAAUCGCGGCCGCGGACGAAAUCUUCGAAAUGUUUGCGCAAACCAUCGCGUCGUACGAGGAGCAACUUUGUCGCGCGCGAGACGAGAGCGAGCGACACCGACGACGACUGCGAGAUGUUUGCGACACUCAAACGGUCAAGCACCGCCAAGACGUCCAGCAGCUGAUUGUUCAUGGAGAAGAACUCCCCCCGCAGCUGCAGUGCUGGAGCUCCGUUUUGGAGGAGCCGCAGCCUCCCCACGCCGAAGAGGAGGAUCCACGGCCGCCCUACGCCGACGAGGACGAGUUACCGUCGUCCUUCGUCAAAGAGGAAGAGGAGGAGGCUGGCGUCAGCGGGUUGCCGCCGACCGUCGUCUCCGUGAAGAGCGAAGACGACCCGCCCGAAACGUCGCCGCGGACGCGCGGAGGCCGCCGCGGACGAGCGCCGACGGACGACCUCGCAGCGUCGCGCGCCGGCGACGUCGGAGAAAUUGCCGGGGGUGACGACAAACUGACGAAAAGCUCCGAGAAGCAGAUGGCCAAAGAGCGCUUCAGCUGCUCGUUUUGCGGUAAAGGUUACGCUUAUCGCUGCAAGUUGGCUUUGCACAUGAAAGUGCACACGGGAGAGAAACCUUUCACUUGCUCCAUUUGCGCCAAACGCUUCACCCAAAAGGUCAACAUGCUGUCGCACAUGAGGACGCACACGGGAGAGAAACCGUUCAGUUGCUCGGUUUGCAGUAAAACCUUCGCUCACAAGCCAAAUAUGGUCGCGCAUGCCAAAACGCACACGGGAGAAAAACCCUUCGCUUGCUCCGUUUGCGGCAAAACCUUCUUUCAAAAGUCCAACAUGGUGACGCACAUGAAAACGCACUGCGGAGACCGACCGUUUGCUUGCGCCGUCUGCGGCAAAAGUUAUUCUCAUCAGAACAAUUUGAGCCUUCACACGAGGACGCACGACGAGGACAAAUCCUUCACGUGCUCCGUUUGCGGUAAAAGAUUCUCCCGGAAGAUCAACCUGCUGACGCACAAGAGAACGCACACGGGAGAGAAGCCGUUUUGCUGCGCUGUUUGCGGGAAGAAGUUCACCCAAAAGACGCACGUGGAAGCGCACAUGCGAACGCACACGGGAGAAAAGCCCUUCACCUGCUCGCUGUGCGGCAAAAGUUACGCUUAUCAGAACAAUUUAGACGCGCACGUGCAGACACACAAGGAGGACAAAUCCUUCAACUGUUCCGUGUGCGACAAAGGCUUCUCUCGAAAGGUGUUCAUGGUCACGCACAUGCGCACGCACACGGGCGAGAAACCCUUCGCGUGCGCCGUUUGCGGCAAACGCUUCACUCAAAAGGUGCACAUGAUGUCCCACGCCAGAACGCACGCCGGCGGGAAAACGUCGGCUCGCUCGCUCUGCGGCGAGACGUUCGCCCGCGGGAGCUCGUUGACGGCGCACGUGCGGAAGCACGAGAAGCGAGUGCUCUCCUUCCCGUUCGGCGGCGCCUUGAGAUACGAGCCCCGUGUGGCGGGCGGUGAACUCGACUCACGAGCGGCAGCUUGUCAGAAGCCGGAACUCGGAACAAAGCCAGCCGGUGCUCAAAGUGCUCAAACCCCCUCAGAAGACGAGACCACAAUGUCCGAAAAGGAUUUUUGCCCAGCGCGAGAGGACAACGAAGGCUUUUCGUCCGCUCAAAUUGUCGAAGACGUCCAGCAGCUCAUUGGUCGGCGAGGACAAGUCCCGCCCCCUCACGUGAAGGAGGAAGAGGAGGAUGCCCACGUGAAGGACGAAGACGAGGAGGCCGACGUCAGCGAGCUGCCACUGACGGUCGUCUUGGUCGUGAAAAGCGAAGAUGACUCCCACGGAGCGCCCGGCUCCUCGCGGCUCGAUGACAUCAUCACACCUGCGCCAGACGUGUUGUUAGCGCCGCUGUCCGACGGCGACGCCACACGGCAAGCUCGCGACAAAGCGAAGAAGCGCCUCGAAAAGGGGCCGGCCGAGGAUGGGCGUGGCCCCGCGAGCAAAGUGCGUUUCGCUUGCUCGCUUUGCGGUGAAAGCUACGCGUACAAGUGCAACUUGACGCUGCACAUGAAAACACACACCGGGGAAAAACCCUUCAGUUGCUCCGUGUGCGGCCAAGGAUUCAUCCAGAAGGUGUCUUUGAUCGCUCACACGGCCACGCACACGGGAGAAAAACCCUUCGCCUGCUCCGUCUGCGGCAAAAGCUACUCCUAUAAGAACAAUUUGAACACGCACGUGCGCACGCACACACAAAAACCUUUCAGUUGCUCAGUGUGUGGGAAAAGAUUCACACAAAAGGUCAACAUGGAAUCGCACGUGCGAAUACACACGGGGGAAAAACCUUUCGGUUGCACGUUUUGCACUAAACGCUUCACUCACAAGCCAAACUUGGUGGCGCACGUGAGGAUCCACACGGGAGAAAAACCGUUCACGUGCUCGCUCUGCGGCGAAGGCUUUGCCCAAAAGGUGGCUUUGAUGGCGCACACGCAAACUCACACGGGAGAAAAACCCUUCAUCUGUGCCGAUUGUGGUAAAACCUUCUACAAAAAUGCCAACUUGGUGUCGCACAUGAAAACACACACGGGUGAAAAACCUUUCACGUGCUCAGUGUGCGGCGAACGUUUUGCCCAGAAAGUCACGCUGGUUGCGCACACGCGGACGCACACGGGAGAAAAACCCUUCGGUUGCUCCUUUUGUGACAAAACCUUCUCUCAAAAGUCGCAUAUGGUGGCCCACGUGAGAAUCCACACGGGGGAAAAACCCUUCAGCUGUUCCAUCUGCGGCGAAGGCUUUGCUCAAAAGGUCUCGUUGACCGGACACAAAAGAAUCCACACGGGAGAGAAACCCUUUACUUGUUCCGUUUGCGCAAAACGCUUUUCUUACAAGUGCAAUCUGACUGCGCACAUGCAAACGCACCAGGGAGAGUAAAAUCAAAUCAAGUCUGGUCAAUCACAGGUUUUCGAAUCUCUUCUAGGAACAAUUUGCUGAAUGGAAAAAACACUGAGUCAGUCGUCACACUUUGUCAGGUGUGCCUGUAUUAUACUGCCCCCUGUUGGCCAGGGCACAUACACCGGAAAGCGUACAAUCAUGACGUUUGCCUUCGUUCUUACAAGCGUGGCCACAGAACUCGCACGACUAUUGAAUCGAGCUAAAGCGGUACCGGAUCGUAAUCCUGCAUUGUGCGCCGUUCCUCCGUCUUGCUGUAUUUUAGUGAGUGAGUCCAGAUUUUUGGCAAUGACUGCAUACGUUGUAUCAGUUCACGAACAACAAAAACAAAAAAAUGGGGGUUAAUCAGGAUCAUCCACAAAGUUGCCGACCGACGGAUCGCCUUCAUGCAAUCUUCAUGAAGUCAAAAUGUUCCAAAUGUUAAAGCUAUGCUUUGGACAACAUUGAAAAUAAUGUUACUCCACGUGAGGGAUAUUCAGUACCACUUUUUUUCCAACCGAUACCAGAACGCUUUCGCUCCGGAGUACUCACCGAUACAGAGUACCGAUACCGCUAGUCGUACUUUUCAGACCCAAAAUUUCAAUAAAGACAACGACAGAUAAUUGUGAACAAAGACAUGUUGUUCCGUUCUUUCUGACGCACGUGAUGAUUCGCCAGUGUGUCGAAUGGCCGCAGAGUAGCGCCACCUACUGGCGAGGAGGACUGACUACACGUCAGAUUGUUUUGCAAGGAUCGGCAGCCUCUGCGAGUCCAUGAUACCUUGACAGAAGGUAUCGGUGGUAUCGGUACUCGCCCAAACCUCCUCCAGAAGAGCCGGCAGGAAGUUUUAGGUGACAGCUAUCGAAAUACGGCGAUCCUCCAAAGUGGAACACGAGACGUUCCGUGACGCUGGGUAAUUUCUGCGUUGAUCCAAUUACAAAAUAAAAUACAA